GCCGCAUCCAACAGACUGCAACCUAUAUUAUCUGUGCAUCAACCAGGAAGGAUUCAUACGCGAAUGUGCACCAACCUUAGUAUUUGACCUCACCAUCAUGAAUUGCAAUCGGCCCGAGGUAUCGGUAUGCGUGGAGAACGUGGCUACGCCACCGACCGCUGGCCCUGGAGAUCAAUUUCCAACUCCGGCGCCACCUGUUGACAUUGUGCCGACGGUUCCAACCGCUGGACCAAUAUUUCCUACGGUUCCGACAGUUCUACCUCCAGCGGAAAUUCCAACUGCUUCCUCCCCCGGCACUAUCGUCCCCACUCCUGUACCAACUCCCAUACCAACUCCCGUGCCCACUCCUAUUCCCAAUCCCACGCCAGCGCCAACACCUUCGCCAGGCAAUCCGCCAUUUUGUCCUCCGAACCAAGUGUUCUAUUAUCCCCAUCCCAACUGCUCCAUGUUCUACCGCUGCGUCUGGGGCGUCGUGCACGUCCUGGAGUGCCCACCGAAUCAGUUCUGGAAUCAAGAACGUGAGUUCUGUGACCAUCCAUUUAACGUGAACUGUCCGGCUGGUGCGGGAUAA